AUGGUAUUUGGUGAAGUGGGUUUCCCUCCUCACCUUGAAGAAUUGGGAGAGAAGAUUGUCAAAAAGUGUGAAGGUCUUCCACUUAUGAUAGUCACAGUUGCUAAUCUCCUAUCCAAAGAAGACAAGACACCAAAAUUUUGGACCGAGGUAGCAGAGAAACAACAUAAUUCAGUCUUUGUGGAUGCAUAUGAUCAGAUAGCAGAGCAAUAUGAGUUCCUGGUUUUCAGAGAACAAGUUAAGCGUGCAUUCUUGCUGGCAGCACCUGUUGCAAAGAGUUGCACUAGAGAAAUUCUGAAAAGAAUCUCUAAUUUAAACGUAUUAAACAUUGUGCUGGAGUUGAAGCCUUACGAUGAUGACGAUGAUAUCAACCCACUGAGUGGCUUGGAAUAUAUCUCAACAGAACUCCAUAAUUUGGAAAUGCUUAUCUAUUUUGUGUCUAACCCUGAGAUGAGUCACGAGCUCAGCUCGUGUGUUGGCUCUUGUGGAGGCAGCUUGCAUGGAGCUGUCACUUGCUUUCUCUCGUGCACAACACACAUCUUCAUUCUUGCAUUUCUCGUUCAACAACUUCACAUGACAACCAACAGCUUGGUCAUCUCUGCAAUCACUUCUAACAUGAACUUGGCUUUGCACUUCAAUGAUUUACAUGGUAAUUCAGCUUUUGCUGCUUCUGCUGCACUGGAUCUCAUUAACCACAAAUGCAUCGACACGAUCGUCGGAACCCUAACACUCGAACAAGCCACAUUCCACUCCCACCUCAAAACCCCACCACCCAUCAUCUCCCUCUCCCCGGCCGCCUCACCUCCACCGCAACCUCCCCACCCAACCCUCUUCCUCCCCCUCUCCCGCGCUCUCCACGCCCUCGACAUCUCCAUCGAGCCCCACAUGACCGCCACCGCCACAUCCAUCGAGAGCGAGCUAACAAAGAUGAUCGGCGCCACCAGCUCGAGGGUCUUCGUUGUCAUGCAUUGCUCUCUCGAAUUCGCUGCGAUCUUGUUUGAGAAAGCUUGGGUUUUGGGAUUGAUGGAGAAGGGCUACGUCUGGAUCGUGGCGGAGGAGAUCUCGAAUGUUCUAGAUUCCGCCGAUUCAUCGCUUUUACUCAACAUGGAAGGAGUGCUUGAUAUAAAAUCAGAUUAUUCAACGAAUCACAACAAUUUCAAAGCGUUUAAAUCCAAAUUCAGAAGAAAAUAUGAAUCCAGUUUUCCAUCAGAAGAAAAUCCGACGCCGAGCAUUUACGCCCUCCGCGCCUACGACACCGUCUUUGCCGGCGCCGGCGAAGAUUUCAAAGGCCUGAGUGGAAAAUUAAUCUUCGAAAACGGCUUCCUCUGGCAAAAGCCGGUUUUCCACAUUGUGAACGUGAUCGGUAAGAGCUACAGAGAAGUGGCGGUGUGGUUGCCGGAGUUGGGUAUCUCCGGCGACAGAGGACUAAGCUCGAUCUUCUGGCCGGGAGGAGAGCAAACGGUUCCGAGAGGAUGGAGCUUGGGGAGCAGAGAGAGGCCGUUGAGGAUUGGGGUUCCGGCUAGUGGCACGUUUAAUCAGUUCGUGAAGGUCAUGUACGAUACUGGCCGGAAUUCGACUCGGAUUACCGGAUUUUCGAUCGAGGUUUUCCAAGCGGUGGUGAAGAAACUUCCGUACGACCUUCAAUAUGAAUUAGUUCCCUUUCCUGGCUCCUACGAUGAAAUGGUUUUCCCCUGUUUUUCCUCUAGCUUUGAUGCAGCAGUAGGUGACACCGAAAUAAUGGCAAACCGGUGCGUUUACGUGGAGUUUUCACAGCCUUAUAUAGAGUCGGGGCUGGUGAUGGUGGUGACGGUGAAACCCGGACUUAAAGACUCCAAAUUCAUAGCUUUAAAUCCCUUCAACAAGAUUAUGUGGCUGCAGCUCGCCGCCGUCAGCACAGCCACCGGAUUUGUCAUCUGGCUCAGCGAAUUCGUAGUCACCGGAAAUUCCAUUCUCCAAACUAUCUGCUCUAUUCUCUGGCUCCCAGUCACCAUAAUCUCCUUGUCACAAAGAGAGAACAUCAAGAACUCAACGUCCAAGCUUGUGCUAGCGGUGUGGAUAUACGUGACUUUCGUGGUGGGAGCGAGUUUCACGGCUGUCCUAAGCUCGAUGAUGACUGUUCCGAGAUUGGAGCCAUCUGUGAGGGAGAUAGACGUUUUAAGGAACUCCAAUGCAGCUGUAGGAUGCAAUGGCAAUUCCUUCAUCUGUGAUUAUCUCAUCAACGUCCUAAACUUCAAACCCAACAAUAUCAAGCGGGUCAAUUCCAUUGAUGAGUAUCCACGAGCUUUAGACAACGGUGAGAUCAAAGCCGCUUUCUUUGUCUUGCCACAUGCCAAGGUGUUCCUCGCCAAGUAUUGCAACGGCUACAUUGUUUCAGGGCCUAGUUUCAAACUAGGUGGCUUUGGAUUUGCAUUCCAAAAGGGGUCUCCAUUAGCAAUUGAUAUAUCAGAAGCAAUACUCAAAGUAUCACAGAGUGGACAUGUUGACACAUUGGAGCAGAACAUGCUCCAUCACUCCAACUGCACUUCGUCACCAGCAGCCUCACAGAAGGCGGCUGACGACAUAAGAUUAGGCCCGGGUCCGUUCUCCGGCUUGUUCAUGAUCCUAGGUUGCAUCCUAGGUUUUGCAUUCGUCGUUGCGGUCGUUCGUUUGGCGAGGGCGAGGUGGACCAGUUUUUGCGAUGGGCUGUGGGCUUCAAUGGUUGUGAUCAGAGAGUGUUGCACAAGAUUUGGGGCUACAUAUUUUUGUGUUCAUUAGAUGUAGACUAGUUUGUGAUUUUUGCAUUUAAACACAUGCCUAAUUAAGUGUGUUUGUAUAUAAAUUUUCAUUUCAAGAUGUAAGAAAAUGAAUGUUUUCUUGCUUUAGCAAA